UCGGUGGCUCCAUUUAUCGAAAGUCGAAACUCGAAGCAAUAAAUCGACUGCAUUUUAGGACACAAAAAGCAAUGUUCCUGAAGUAGACUUAUGAAAAAGAGCUGCUAGCAUAGUCAAAAUGGAUGCAAAUAUUAGGACGCUUCUAGCUUCGGCCCAAAAAUGGGGUGGAAGCAAAGAAGGCAUAGCCUACCUGCAGCAUGCAUAUAACCUGAUGAGGAAUGUUGCUGAAACAAAGCCAGCAGUGGAUGCACCAGAGUCUUUUAGCCAAGAUCUUUUUGUCAUUUGUGCUGAAACUUCUUUCCAGCUUGGCCAGGCUGACAUGUCAAAGGAAUGUCUGAAGAUGUACUUUAUGAAGACUCCCCCAGCCAACCAGUUCCUGUGCAGAGCCUACCUAUGUCAGUCCCAAUUGCUGGCUCCAACAUCUGCAGAAAACCCUGAACAGCUUGAUAAGGCUGUAGUUUAUCUGGUUAAAGCAAUCACCUUUGCGAAAGAAAACCCAAGAUACCACUUUUUGGUCUACAAUGCUUCAGUGCUUUACUGGCAGUUUUGUCGACCUUUUUUGAAGCCAAAUUAUAGGCGUUAUCUUGCCCAAAGUUUACACCAAGUGGUGAAAGCAUUGGAUGACAUUGAUGACAAGGACUUUGAGUGGAGGGCACAAUUGAUGAUAGCUCUGAUAGAAUGCCACAUAGAUGCUGGCCGCCAGUCUGAUGCCUCUAUGGUAGCAAGUGCAGCUGCUACUUUCAUCAGACAGAAUGUGCCAGGACUUUUUAAGGAGUUUUUUGGCUUGGCUAUCAAACACCAACUUGUUGAGACUGUGAAGUUUCAUAAAGACAUCAAAGCAUCUCCUGAAUUGUCCAUUUACUACAGAAUAAUCCGCCUGAAAAUGAAUGUUGAAAAUAAAGACCCAGAUGUAGAUGCACCACUUGAACUGAGAAAGAUACUGAGUCUUUGCAUGGGAAAAGAUGACAGGUUGAUAUCUGCUGACACAAAGAGUGGAAAGAGGCCUAUCACACCAAAAAAGGACCGUGAAGACAGUGGUGGCAGUGAUAUAGCAGAUGUAGAUGAGGAACCUGACAGACGACCUAGCAUGGCUGUGUCUAUGUCUCCUGCACCGUCUCAAGAUUUCCUUGCACCGCAUCCAACAUCUGGUCAUCGCCGACACAGUGUGGCAGUCACAUCACUUGGCAGUUUACCUGAGCACUUGACAAUGCAUGAAUCACAUAGCCUUUCAUAUUUAGGCAGUUUGAUUAAUUCACCAGAGCCGCGGAGUCCAAAAAGUCGUUCAGGAACUGCUAGAGCUCAGACUCCAACAAGUUUAAAGAUGCUUUCAGCUGACAGUCCGGAGAAACCAUACUUGUUGUUAGAGCUAGCUCGUCUUUGCCUAGAGCUGCACCAGUCAGACUUGGCAGAACAGUGCGUAGAACACAUGAAGAGCUGUAUUGCCAAGGAUCAAGGGUUUUACUUGGAGACUGAAUUUGUUGAGUGUGAUCUGAUGGUGAAGAAAUUGGGAGAUAAGCAGGAAACCUACCAGAAGGCAGCAGUGGAUGUUCGUUUGCAGGCAAUAAAGCGCUGUGAAGAAGCCCUGAUGAAUGCUUUACGGCUGGGGAACCCCAAUGUGAUCCAGGCUGGUUGUGUAACACAGUGGAACCUUUGUCUGCCUUUACUACAGGCCAACCUCAGACAGCAUGUGAGGAAACCUCUCACAUUGGUGGCCACAUCACUGGAAGAUAUUCAGAGUUUGUUGGUUCUGUUGCGCUGUCAGAUACACACUGAGCUGGCCAAGUGCGAGGAGGAUGAGGAACAGAUUGAGGUUGCUAUGGAACACCUGAGAAAGGCCCUUUCAUUGGAUGAUGGCAACAUUUACAAAGAGCGUUUAGAAGUGACCUUGCAUAGACUUCAGCUGAGGGCAGAACUGUACAAGCAGCCAGAGAGACCAGAGGACCAGGCUGCCAUGAUCAUAGAGCAGGCCAGGAAGUCAGAAACUGGCACUAUCAGGAUGAAGAGGUCACUCCUUGUUAGGGCUGGACAGGCUUUGGCUCCUGAUGCUUUCCUCUUGGUCCUUGAUAGUGAAAGUGAAACAAAGGGUGAGUCCAAAUGAAACUAAGAGGUGACAGAAUCCAAAGGUGUUCUGACAGUGUUUAAGAAGUUAGCUGGAAAAGCAAACAACUUCACUCACUGUAUCAAGAAAGCUAGUGGUCAUCUGAAAAGACUGGGAGAUGAGAACGAUAGAGAGAGAGCCAGACUGUGGGGUGAUCUUGCCAAGGUGGCCAGGAAGCAAGAGGUGUGGGAUGUGUGCAGAGUGGCCUCCAGAUUCUGCCUUCUCUAUGAUGAUGGAAGAUGGAAAAUAGUUGAGGAAGUGGAGAGUCCCAGAAAGCCCAGGUCCAAGUCGGAGGCUAAGGCUGUGGCAGAGGGUCAGGAUGAGACAGGGGGAGAUGCGACCCCACAGCCCCCCAAGACACCAGUCAGCCGGCCAACAAGCCAGCCUGCUGAGGCAGGGUCUCUCCUCUAUGACAGGGACCUAGUGAGGAUGCUAGCUGAGGUCAACUUUAUCAUGGGAGAGGCUUUGAUCCACCUGUUGAGAACUGAGCAUGUAGAGCUUGGUGACAAGCCCAUACCACCUGAAGACAAAAGUAAGAGACCAAAGGGAUAUGUGCCCAAAAAGCCAGAGGAAGAUGAAGACUGGAUUGCUUACUGUGAUUGGAUCAAGGAGCUGUCCAAGGAUGGCACUGACCACUUCCUGAAGGCUGUCCAGCAUGGCAUUCAGCUAAAGGAGCCAUGGAUAGUAUGCAGUGCUGCUGCCUAUGUGUGGAACUAUAACAACCACAGGCUGACUCAGAACAGACACAAUGAGGUCGUAGAGGAUCUGCAGACUGUACUGGAUGGCCUUAAGAAAAUUGGACAUGACAGUGAAACAAUCCUGUUGGUGUACAUCUGCUGUGCCUUGGCCUAUGGCUUAAUACAGCCCUGGCUUCCACCUCCACCUCCUAAAGAAGCAGUCCUGCCACCCCAGCCACAGAUCCCAAAGUCUGCGGAUGAAGGGGGGAAGAAGUCUGCCAAGAAAGCACGCCCACCACCCCCAGCAGCAGCAGUGGCAGCAGCCAAAGGAAAACCAAUCCCCCAAGUAAACAUCAGCCCUGAUGCUGCCCCUGAUCUGAAGAAAGCUAUGGAAGUUAUCCAGUAUGCCAUGGAUGUGACUAAAGGCAAUGUUGCUGCAGAUAUAGUCCCCAUUGCUGUCAGAUACCCCAUGAUACAGCUCUGGGUACAGAUCAAACAGCUUCAGCAACAGGCCAUUCCCAAAACUCUUGGAACUGAUGAUGAGUCCAGCAUGGAAGGCCAGAAACCCAUGACAAGAGCCCAGGUUGCCUUGGAGAUGCUGUCUCUCAGCACUAAUGGUAUCUAUGAAUUCAAGGAUGCGACACCAUUGGCAGAGGUGGUAGGCAUGGUGGAGGCCUGCAAGUGGCCAGACAGGCUGAUAGAGCUGGUCAUCUGGACCAGGCUGGCCCUACUGGCUCAUGAGAUCAAGGACCACAAGCAUGUCAUCAAGUGUGCUAAGAAAGCAUUGGCAUUUGAGAAAAUGGGCACACAGCCAAAGGGAAGGAAACUGGAUAUGCACAAGUACGUGCUGGAGCAGGAAAUGCUGGCCUAUGCAAGCAGCAUCCUGGGUCAGAGCUACAUUGAGAACAUGGUUGGCAAGAACUCCAUAAGGAGGGAAGCCAUGAACUGCUUCUUCUUGUCUGCACGGUUUGCUCGUAAUGCCAACAACUAUGACCUGGCUCUGAUAGCAGCCAAACACUACUGGAAUGCCAGCCUACCCCUGGUGAGCCAGCCAAUAGAGAGAGAGCUGAUUAAAGAGCCUCUGAGUUCUAUACUGCAGUGCCUCUCAGUCACCUCUGGAGACAGGGGAAAGGAAAGAGAAAGACAGGAAAUGGAAAUGGAGAAAGAAAAGAGAGAGAGAGAGAAAAAUGCAGCAAAGAUGGCGGGUACAGCAGAUGCUGUAGCUCCAGUGGUACCAGGCAGUACUUCAGAUGUCGCACCUACGGGGGCCGCAGUAGUGCCUGCCAAGGAGGCCAGUCAGGUGGCAGGGUCUGUGGUUGGUGGACCUGAGGAUGAUCUCACACUUAGAGCUGCUAUGUAUGGAGUGCUGUUCCAGUCUUAUGCUGACAAGGGAGAGUAUGAGGCUGGUUUGAAGGCAAUGGACCAAGCAGUGAUGGACAUGCCCAGAACCAAGCAUAGACUGUUGAUUUUCAAGCACAGAGUUAUUGUGAAAGCCAAACUAGGUAGAAAUGUCAACAUGGACAUUCAGAAAUUCAAGGAUGAGAGUGAGGACUAUGUGGCACAUAUGUGGAGAAAGGUAGCAUUGUGCUCCAAAGAAGAGCUGGAUCAACUGGCCUGCUACCAGCAGGCUGUAGAAGCUCUUUCGAGUGAAACCAGUGACUGGCAGAAAAUUGACUGUCUGAUAGAGUUUGGCCAGUGGUUGUAUGUGAAUGAAUUCCCUCUCCAAGAUGCCCUGGACCAGCUACAGUGGGCAACAGACAUUCUGCUCAAUAUGAAGUUUGAGGAUGUGAUGUCCAAAAGAGAAGCAAAGAUAAGAGGGCUAGUGAGGUUCUUGAAUGCAUUACCUGCAAAAGAUACAGGGAAAGGAGGAAAAGGAGGGAAGAAGGGUGGUGGUGGCGCCAGUGCCCCAGCUGCUAAAAAGAAGAAAUCCCCUCCAGCCUCUGCCAAGGGGAGCAAGCAGGCAAGUAAGCAGGCUGCAGCUGCAGAGAAGAAAGAGGCAGCACCCAGUAUCAGCAGCAAGAGUGAGAGAGAUUCAGAGGGAGUCAUAAAUGAGGCAGAUUAUGUGCCUGUACAGAAAGAAGUGGUCAUAGGUGUGUUACCCUCCAACCCCACCCUGAGUAUCAAGGAUUUGUCUGAUGUCCAACAGUUGGAGGCACUGGUCAGAGUGCAUGUGAUGUUGGCUCAGGUAUCAGGGAGGGCUGCCCCAGAGCAUGGAGACUACUGCCUCAUGGCAUAUGGUUACAUCAUCAGGAUUUGGGAGGUCUCUCUGGCCUCCUCUGGCCCUAUAGCCAAGGAGAUAGCCAAGACUGGAGGAGUGGACAAAGACAGGGGGUCAGCCAAGGGAGGAAAGAAUAAGAAGCCUGACUUGAAGGAUACAAUUAAGGAGAAACCCAAGCGCAAAGGUCCCCCAGAUGCUAUGCCUGUAUCACAGGAAGAAUGGGCCUUGUAUGAUGUCCCAGACGAGGUAAUUGAAGCCAUGAAGCAUGAGUCCAUUAAGGGAGCAGGGAUCAACAUCAAAACUAUCAACAAGCCUACCCUGACCCUGUACUACAUGGACCAGCUAGUGACCCAGCUCAGGGAGCUAGGCUACAAUCAGCUCUGUCUGCCCAUCCUAGCACUGAUGGACAUGAUCUCCAGGGGGAUUCUAGAGCACAGAGCUCUCAAUGCACUGGUGCAUUUCAAGGCCAUGGAAGUAUGCUACGAGUUGAACCUUACAUCAGCGGCAGAAUUUCAUGAGAGGUUGGCAGGACCUCCAGGACUGAAUGAAGAGGAGUUGGCAAAGUCCAGAGAAGAUAUUGCCAUUUGGAAGGAAAGACUGGCCCAGGUGGCAAAGGAAGAGAGCAAAGUUAAAGAGCAGAUGGAGAAGGCUAAGGAAGAAAAGAAGGAGGCAUUGGAUGUGAAACUAAGGAGUCUGCAACUGGAGAAAAAAGCAGAACUUGACCCAACUGUUAAGGAUGAAAUGCAAGCACAACACUUAGGCAAGAUGAUGGGCAAUGUGUUGAUCCGUGAUGUGUGGACAGACACUGCUGAGGUGUUGAUAAGACAGGGUUACCUACAGCCUGCCAGAGACCUGCUUAGUGAGGCACUCAAAAACGCAAAGGCAUUUGAAGAUAAGCCUUUGAUUGCCAGGAUCCUUUUCCUAUUUGGUCAGCUGGCCUUUAGUGAAGCUCAGUAUGGCCAGGCUGUGAACUUCUGUCAUGAGGCACAGCUAACUCAUGAAUUGGAUGAAAUGUUUUGGUAUCGCACCACAAUGUUGAUGAUUGAAGCCACACAGGCGGAGUACAGCAACAGGAACAGGUUCAGAGAGGCUAGAAACAUGUUGGUUCAAGCAUUGAAUAUCUUUAGUGAGGUAGCAGAGGACAGACCAAACAAGCAGAGCAUAACUGGCUACAUCAUGGCUCAGCUGGAAGCUAAGCUAGGUGAAGUACAGGUAUCCAUCACUAAAAGUUCCUACAGUGAUAUCACCAAGCCUAAGGUGACCAAAGCUCUGCUGUCUGCCUGCCAGAAGUUCCAGCACAGCUCAGAUAAGCUCCUGACCCUGGGUUACAGAAGAGAGGCAGUUGCUGUACAGAAGACACAUGCACAGGUGCUCUGGUCCAUGGCCCUACAGUACCAGGACAGGGAGAUCAAACAUGGUUAUUACUUACAGGCUCUGGAUGUUCUUAGGGGUGCAGUAGCAGAAGCAGAUGACAUCACACAGAAUGCAGAGUCCUUGGUAGUACUCAUGGAGCUGAGGAUGGUGAGCCUCCCAGUGGAGAGGGAGACAGCUGACCUGAAGCAGACCAUGUGUGAGCUGAUGUUGGACAUGUUUGAGGUGUAUGCUGGGGAGGAGAGACAGAGACAGACUGAGGAAAUGAGAAAGGGAUCAGUGCAGAAGAUGGUGGAGGAGAUGGUGAGACAGACCCCCACCUUGACUGACACACAGAGAGAAUGGGCAGAGACUACAAAGAUACUGGCUGAGAGUGUGUAUAACCAGCUGACCAAUUCUUACAGCCUGGUCAGAACCAUUCCAUAUCUGAAAGGAAAGAACAUGUUCCUGCUGGGCAGAUGUUGCAGGCUGAUAGCACAGCAUAUCAACACUGAUGCUCCAAGUCAAUGGGAAUUUGAAAAUAUGAAUAUUGCCAAAUUGACCAAGAUGUUAGAAGAAGGCGGUGGAGAGGAGGAAAGCCAGGUGGAAGGAGAAGAAGAGGGAGAGGACAUUACCAGUAAGCAGUAUCUAAAGAACCAGCAGGCCAUCAUGGAGGCCAAGACAAGCCAAACCUGCAGUGGAGCCUACAUGACACAGGCAGUGGAGUGUCUGUCUCAGUCUGUUAACCUGGCUUUGAACAAAGGCUACAGGGAUCUUGCUGGGAUGGCCUCCCUUGAGCUGGUGGAGUGUUAUGGGCAGUAUGACAGUUUCUUCAGCAGUCAGUACUUGGCACUACACCAGAGCUGUGUGGCCUCCCAGUAUUUGGAGCAGCUGCUGGAGAAGGCACAGCCAGACCCCGUGGAGUCGCGCCAGGCAGCACUCCAGCACCAGAGGAGACUCCUGCUGAAGGGCAAUGUGACCAGUAACACAGAGGCUGGCACGCUGUUCAGAACUAUAACUAACAACCUGGAUAAUGAUUGGCAGUCCUGCAAGAACCUCACCAUUGAUCCCAAUCACCUGGACAUGCUGAGAGAAUUCCCACCUCACUUUAACAUUGUCAUUAUGCAACACUCACCAGACAAGAAGCACAUGUAUUGUGCCAUUCUGGAUAAAUCCAAGAACAUGCCCAUGCCUCUUGCUGAUGGAAAGAAGAAAGAAGGAAAACAGCCACAAGUUCCAUUGACAUCUAAAGCCAAAGUUCUACGCUGUGAGACGGACCCCAAAGUUUUGACCAGUCUGGUGGAGAGGUUCAAGCAGCAUAAGCAUGAUGUCAUGUAUGUUCUGCUGAAGCAAGAAUAUCAGAGAACGGCUGAGGCACAGAGGAAAAAGAUGCUGGAAAAUCUGGAUGAUACCAUGAAGAACAAAGGAGAGGAAAAUAAUGAGGUUUAUGAGGAAUGGGCAGAGGAUGAGAACAAGCUACAGCAGGAGUUUGUGUCCCUGGUCCAGGAAAUGGAGGAGUACAUGAGACCACUGACACAGCAGAUGGAUGUAGUGUUCAGGACACAGAGAUCACUAAUGCAGGUGACAAGCAAAGGGAAAAAACUAGGGAAAGGAAAAGGGCCCCCCACUGCCACUAGUAACAGCCAGCACAGUAAAGAUGGUAAAGACAAGGACAAGGGAGGAGCUGCAGGCAGUGUUCAAGAGAACACAGAUGCAGUGAUCCUAUUGGCUGAUCCAGACCUACUGGAGCUCCCUCUGGAGGCACUGGAGGCCAUGCAGCUGGAGUCUGUGGUAUCACUGACCAGGGACUUCUCACUCCAGAUGAUUGCACAUAGGCUGUAUCAGGAAGUAUUGGAUGAGGCAGCCUUGAAAGCCAAACAAGCUGCUGAGAAAACCAAACCACCUUCCAGAAUCCCUGGACUAAGAGAUGCUAGCAAGAAGCAAGCCAAGAUUAUUCCAUUGGAAAGAUCUGUACCAGCAGGCUAUGUGGGUGUUGACACAAACAACUUCAGAUUUAUGGUUGAUCCCAAGGUAGACUGUGCCGAGACAGAGGAAUUUGGACCUAUGGAUGUGUUCAACCAAGUCAUGAACCUGUAUUCCCAACAGUUUACCACUCGGUGGCUGGGAGUGAUGGGCAAUGAGCAUGUGCCCAGCCCUGCUGAAUGGGAAAUCUACCUGACAGAGGGAACAGGUUUUAUUUUUUAUGGAAUGGAGAAGUUUAUAGACUACAUAGCCCCAUCCAAGCUGACUGCUUUGAACAUCCCAGAGUGUAUGAUGGUUUUCUUAUUUGACUUGGCAAACACAAGCCAAAGUUUCCUGACUCAGUCCAAGAUUGAUAUAAAUAAAAGUGCGACCACUCUGUCCCUGGAGAAACCAGUGGAGACUGCCAUGUUGGUCAGUCUGACGGGAGUGAAAAGUAUAUUCACAAACCAGUGGAAUUGCACACUCAAGGAAAAUGCUGACAGGAUGAAUGACCUCAUGAAAGAUCUGUUAGAGAAAGGCUAUCCAAGUGGUCAGGCUGUCCGCUACUUGUUUGCACCACACAAAAGACCUGUGGAAGUCGUGGAAGGGGAAGAGAACACUGACCAGGCCUUGGCUUCCCAGGGGCAGCAAGACCAAGGAGGGCAACAGGAGCCCCAGGACCAGGAAACCCAACAGCCCACAGAUGGCGUCCCAGUCAGUGAGGAGACAGAAAAACAGGAUGAGGAAAAAGAAAAGGAACCAAGUGAGCCAGAAGAACCUGUAUUAAAGAGAAAUUGGUACAACAUGGUGUGUUAUGGAUUACCCAAUUUAAUUGUUACACAGAUGUAAAAAUGACCUGGGAGAAGUUGGAUUGCCACAGAAGCUAAAAAUAGUUUUAAUGUACAAUCCACUAUGCUUUGUGACAUGAACUGCCAUGAUUUCAAGUUUUACAAAAUGUUAUUUAUUUGACUGAUUUUUUACAUUGUCUGAGACUAAAGCUUGUUCUUUCCAAAUGUUUAACCUUUCCUUCAAUAAACCCCCCUUUUAAGUA